UGAUGAAGGACAUUUCAAGGGCUAACACCUUUUCAAAACGUAAAUUGAAUUUCUAACUCUCUUUGAAUUUUAAAAGAUUUUUUUUCUCUAUUUUACGAUCUUCUGAAAAUUUAUCAAGUUACUUUAAAAGUUAUUUUUCUUUAAAACCUAAGUUAAAUUGAUUUUUCAAAAUAGUGUCAUUUUUAUUUUCCAAAACACUCUCUACACUUCACACCUUCCACAGUAGCAUUGAAUUUCCUACGGUGGGAAGCAAAUGCCAUGGAAUCUUCUCUUCUUCUUCUUCUUCAAGUUUUCUUGAAUAUCGAGCCUUAACGCAUAGCAUGUUCAAUACUUCACGGCAUUAAGGACCCACAAUUUAUAUGAAAUGGAGUUAGGGCUGGUCACCCUGUUGAGAGCUGCAUGGGUUGCUGCGAUAUUGCCCGUUGUUAUCGCUUUGAUUCCUUCAUCCAAGAUCAGUUUUUUUCAAAAAUUCGUGUUAGGGUUUGCUAAGCGUGGCAAGAUUAUGCAGUCUUCAUCAAAUAAAUUGUCUGUUCCACAGAAACUCUUCAUUCACUUCUAUAUUCUAGCUUUUGUUUGGACAACACUUCUGUUAGUUGCAACCUGGCUUUAUGAUUAUUGUACAAUGCCAAAGAUCACAGAACCAUUGCUUUUUUCUAGUAUUGCUAGCCACUUGACGGGAGGAUCGCGUAUCUUCUCUUCGCACAGUUCUCAUACAUCAAAGGAACAUAGAAGCAGGAUUGCUGUAUCGAUCUUUCUUCUUUUAUUAAUGGAAGCUCAAGUACUGCGACGCCUGUUUGAGUCAAUAUACGUUUUCAAAUAUAGUCCUUCAGCCAGGAUGCACAUUUUAGGCUACCUCACAGGUUUAUUUUUCUAUACAGCAGUUCCCAUCUCUCUUUGCUGCAAUCAUGCUACAGAGGUAUACAAGUUCGGGUUGAGUUUGAUUCAAGAGUUUAUUGUCAAAGGAAAAGAUAGGAUGCUAGCAACUGAGGUUGAUUGGUGGAGAUUUUUGAACCCUCUCAUUCAACUACAAUGGUACUCAUGGAUUGGUGCAGCUAUAUUUUUUUGGGGCUGGAUUCAUCAACACCGUUGUCAUGCAAUUCUGGGAUCAUUGAGGGAAAACAGAAAAGACAAUGAUGAAUAUGCAGUUCCUUAUGGUGAUUGGUUUCAAUAUGUUUCAUCUCCACACUAUUUGGCUGAGAUUGUUGUAUAUGCUGGCUUUGUGGUUGCUAGUGGAUGUUCGGACCUCACUAUAUGGCUACUCUGGGGAUUCACGGUGGCAAAUCUUGUCUUAGCAGCAGCAGAAACACACAGAUGGUAUUUGCACAAGUUUGACAACUAUCCUAGGAAUCGUUUUGCUAUUUUUCCAUAUGUUUAUUGAUGCUCAAUGACCAAGUUCUGCUAUAUAUUUCUUUGAGCGGAUUUGUGUAUGUAUAUAUAGGUUCUGCAAGCUCGAUGUGAAAUUGUUUCUUAGGUUAGCCUAAAAACUGUGAUCUAACCAUGGAUACAACUCUAUGGAUCUGAAUAUGCCCAACUGUUGUUUUAGUGAGUACUUCUGGUCUUUGCCUUUUGUUUUUUCUUAUUGCCUUAACUAUCAUGUAACAUAAACAUAAUGAAUAAGAAGUGUUGGAUGUUGCAGAAAUAAAAUCACUAAGGUCUUCAUUUU